AGAGGCGGAGAAAUUAACGACAAAGCUCCCUUUCCGAUAAAGAUUCUGCUGCUAGAACACCGGGGAUUGUGUGAAGACAUUGCUAAUCCCAUGCUGGCAUUAUUGGUGCUCUGGUUAUAGAGGGGCCCACGUGCUGCUCUGACCUGAUCCCCAUCCAGCUCCCAACCGCCCCAGUCUACCCUCACCCGGCCGGCAUCAGGGGCAGAGCAGAGGACCGCCAUGGAUGAAGAUCGUGCAGGGGAGCAAAUGAGACCUCUGCUUACCACGGGUAAUGAUGAAGAAGCUGUGGUGGACCUUGGAAAAACUAGCUCUACAGUCAACACAAAUUUUGAGAAAGAAGAGCUAGAAAGUCACCGAGCAGUUUACAUUGGCGUCCAUGUACCACUUGGCAGGCAGACACGGAGGCGUCACAGGCACCGUGGCCACAGGCAUCACCGGAGAAGGAGAGAACGAGAAAAUGAUAAAGAUGAUGGACGAGAAUCUCCCAGUCAUGACACUCCUUCGCAGCGUGUUCAGUUUAUCCUUGGAACAGAGGAUGACGAUGAAGAGCACAUACCUCAUGACCUUUUUACUGAAAUGGACGAGCUCUGUUUUCGGGACGGUGAAGAAUGUGAAUGGAAGGAAACAGCUCGGUGGCUCAAAUUUGAAGAAGAUGUUGAAGAUGGCGGUGACAGAUGGAGUAAACCCUAUGUGGCUACUUUGUCUCUACACAGCCUCUUUGAACUAAGAAGCUGUAUUCUCAAUGGCACGGUGAUGUUGGAUAUGAGAGCCAGCACAAUUGAAGAAAUUGCAGAUAUGGCGCUGGAUAAUAUGAUUGGGUCCGGUCAUAUGGAUGAAACGAUGAGGGAGCAAGUGCGGGAAGCCUUGCUGAGGAGGCAUCACCAUCAGAACGAGAAGAAGUUCAGUAACCGAAUUCCAUUAGUGAGAUCCUUCGCUGACAUAGGCAAGAAACAUUCUGAUCCUCACUUACUUGAACGAAACGGGGAAGGCCUUUCCGCCUCCCGUAACUCAUUGCGAGCAGAAUCUCGCCUAUCUCUCCUGCUCAAUUAUCUUCUACCUCCUUCAAGAGCUGGGACCCCAACAGGCUCCAGGCGUACUUCACCUGUGCCAUCCCCCCAAAACACCCCUCCCCGGAGCCCUAGUUUCAAUCGGCUGGCUUCUACAAGUUCCCAACAAAGUGAGCAGUGGGACCCUGUGCCUCACUCAUUGGCUUGUGAUGUUAUUCCAUCUGUAAUAAUUCACCCGCCUGAAGAAGACGUUGAGGAGCAGGAGAUCCAGGAAGAGAAGAAGGAAAAUGAUGGCAAUAUUGACUCAGGGCUGCUUUCUUCACCUCAGUCAAUGCCAGCAAAUAUGGAUAUCGGAAAAGUGUCUGAGCUCAAACGAAAUGGAACAGGAGGAAGCCAAGAAAAUACUACAGUUGGCUCAAGCAAGGACUAUGCAUCCUGGCACUGUAGUUGUGGCACCCUUGUAAUGGGACUCAAGAGGUCACCUGUGGACAUGAACUUCAUGAGAAAAAUUCCACCUGGAGCUGAGGCAUCGAACAUUUUAGUUGGAGAAGUGGAUUUUUUAGACCGGCCAAUUAUUGCCUUUGUAAGGUUGAGUCCAGCAGUUCUUCUUUCCGGUCUUACUGAAGUCCCAAUUCCCACACGGUUUUUGUUUAUUUUAUUGGGCCCUACUGGAAAAGCUGCACAAUACCAUGAAAUUGGAAGAUCAAUAGCAACUUUAAUGACUGAUGAGAUUUUCCAUGAUGUUGCUUAUAAGGCAAAAGACAGAAAUGAUCUUCUUGCUGGAAUCGAUGAAUUUCUAGACCAAGUGACAGUCCUACCUCCUGGAGAAUGGGAUCCAUCUAUACGUAUUGAGCCACCAAAAAGUGUUCCAUCUCAGGAGAAACGAAAGAUCCCAACCGUCCCAAAUGGUUCAACUCCCAUAGGUGAGAUGUUGAAAGAAGAGGAGCAUGAAGCUGGUCCUGAGCUCCAAAGAACUGGGAGGCUUUUUGGUGGUUUGAUGCUUGACAUCAAAAGGAAAGCACCUUUUUACUUGAGUGACUUCAAGGAUGCAUUAAACCUGCAGUGCCUGGCCUCCGUUCUUUUCCUAUACUGUGCCUGUAUGUCUCCUGUAAUCACUUUUGGAGGGCUCCUGGGAGAAGCUACACAAAACAGAAUAAGUGCAAUCGAGUCUCUUUUUGGAGCAUCCUUAACGGGUAUUGCCUACUCUCUUUUUGCUGGACAACCUUUAACAAUAUUGGGCAGCACGGGCCCUGUUCUGGUUUUUGAGAAGAUAUUGUUCAAAUUCUGCACAGAUUAUGGCCUGAACUAUCUUUCACUGCGUACAAGUAUUGGUCUGUGGACAGCAUUUCUGUGUUUGGUGCUGGUGGCAACGGAUGCUAGCAGUUUAGUUUGUUAUAUUACUCGGUUUACGGAAGAAGCAUUUGCUGCUCUUAUUUGCAUUAUAUUUAUUUAUGAAGCAUUAGAGAAACUGUUCGACUUGGGAGAAAAGUAUGCCUUCAACAUGCACAAUGAUAUUAAUCUGCUCACAACAUACGACUGUAGGUGUUCUGAGCCAAGCAAUCCCAGCAAUAAUACCCUACUUAUGUGGCAGGAAAACAAUGUCACGGCCAGUGAAGUUCCAUGGGAAAAUCUCACAGUGUCUGAAUGCACUCUAGCACAUGGCUCAUUCGUUGGCACAGCGUGUGGACAUCAUGGUCCUUUCAUACCUGAUGUGUUUUUCUGGUCAGUCAUCUUAUUCUUCACAACGUUCUUACUUUCGUCCUUUCUCAAACAAUUCAAGACAAAGCAUUAUUUUCCCACCAAGGUGAGAUCUACAAUCAGCGAUUUUGCUGUGUUUCUAACCAUCUUGAUCAUGGUGCUGAUUGAUUAUCUCGUCGGUGUUCCUUCCCCUAAACUUAAUGUUCCUGAGAAAUUUGAGCCCACUCUAAAAGACAGAGGGUGGAUAAUCGAUCCCCUGGGGGAAAAUCCUUGGUGGACAUUACUGGCAGCUGCAAUACCUGCCCUUCUUUGUACCAUCCUCAUAUUCAUGGAUCAGCAGAUCACAGCUGUAAUUAUCAAUCGGAAGGAGCAUAAGCUGAAGAAAGGUUGUGGCUAUCAUCUCGAUCUUAUCGUGGUUGCCAUCAUGCUCGGAAUUUGUUCCAUUAUGGGGUUGCCCUGGUUUGUCGCUGCAACUGUUCUAUCAAUCAGCCACGUUAACAGCUUGAAAGUGGAAUCUGAAUGUUCUGCCCCAGGAGAGCAGCCAAAAUUUCUGGGAAUCAGAGAGCAACGAGUGACGGGUCUCCUGAUCUUUGUUUUGAUGGGACUUUCCGUUUUCAUGACCUCUGUUUUAAAGUUUAUUCCAAUGCCAGUCUUGUAUGGUGUAUUCCUUUAUAUGGGUGCUUCUUCCCUGAAAGGUAUCCAGUUAUUCGAUCGCAUAAAACUCUUCGCAAUGCCUGCCAAACACCAGCCGGACCUCAUUUACCUGCGCUAUGUACCACUAUGGAAAGUUCACGUCUUUACCGUCAUCCAGCUAACCUGCCUUGUUGUCUUGUGGGUUAUAAAACAUUCUGAUGCAGCCGUUGUAUUUCCCAUGAUGGUCCUUGCUUUGGUCUUCAUUCGCAAGCUGUUAGAUUUCUUUUUCACCAAAAGAGAGCUGAGUUGGCUGGAUGAUUUGAUGCCUGAAAGCAAAAAGAAGAAAGAAGAUGAUAAGAAGAAAAAAGAGAAAGAGGAAGCGGAACGAAUGCUUCAAGCUGAUGACAGUGAUAAUUUGCACCUUGAUUACGAAGGGAGGAAUCUUCUCCAGAUUCCAGUCAAGAGCCUGAAAUACAGCCUUGAUCCUUCUGUUGUAAACAUAUCAGAUGAAAUGGCAAAAACCGCUCAAUGGAAGGCUCUUUCAAUGAAUCCUGAAAAUGCCAAAGUAACCAGGUCUAACCUGAGCCCUGACAAGCCAGUAAGUGUAAAAAUCACCCUUGAAGAUGAAACGUCUAGAAAAUACGUUGAUGCAGAAACCUCUCUAUAGAGCUGAACCAAGAAUAAUGAAUAAAUGUGUGUUUGUGUGUGUGUGUUUGUGUGUUCUCUGGAAAGAGAUGAAUGGACUGCAUGAAUCAUGACUGAGUAAAAGACCAUCAAAGUGUGAAAAUUGUUUUCAAAAUACUGUAUGUACACCUCAUAAAUUAUUAGCACUGUAAAUACUGUAUAGGAACUGAACAGGCUUCAAACUGUAAUAAGGCACCAUAUGAUCACGCAACAAUUAUUUAUUCAAUAGGAACAUUUUUAUAGAAUAUUUUUAAAUGGAUUUUAUUGUAUAUUUGAAAGCCUUUCAUCAAGCAAUAGUGUUGAAUCGUUCCGCUCCCUAAAGUGAAUGCAUCAGAAAGGUUUCAACUUCUAAUUCCCAUAAUUUCCAUAAAAGAAAAUGUUUUACUAUGUAUUUUUUUAAGCCUGCGUAUUUGUACUUUACACUUUUUGUUCCAUUUCUUUUUCACAUAAAUGUAUAUUUGGUAAGCAAAAUGUUCUGUGGCAAGAAGUUCUGCUCUGAUCGACAAUAUUCAACAUGCCUGUAACUAGGUCUCAAAAACACACUACAUAGCAAAGAGUGGAUAUGCAACGUGUCCAUGUGAAAUUAGUUUUAGUAAAAGUAGAUUCUCAGUUUUUGUAUUUAACCUGUCACAUUCUUUAACUGCAGUAGAACAUGUUAACGUUUGCCCGUGUUCAAUACAUGCUCAUUAUAACACAUACUCUGUCUGCUGUUGCUCUGAGCAGUAUUUAAUGUAUUCUAUGUUUCUGCCUCCAGCACGUAGAAUGGAUUUUUUUUUAACAAUUGUUUUGCUUACUGUCUACUGCCUGCGUAAUCAAAGACAAACUGGUCGAACUACUUAAGGAUUAUAUUCAGUGAACUUUAUUUAUUAAUGAAUAUUUUGUAUUAUGUUGAGCCAGUGACAACUUAUGGCUGUCCGUUUCCUAAGUCACUGGAGUUGAUCCUUCUUGGUACAGUGGUGUCACCAUAAAAAGUGUAUAUUUGCUCUUCAUUCAUUUUAUCUUUCUUGGCUAACUAGAAUUCACAGGACGAUUCAAUAACCCAUUCCGUUUCGGCAAAGUUUGAAUUGUCAGACAUUUAAAUUGAAUUUAACAUUUUAGGUUAAAAUGACCAAACAAAAAACAAUGCUGAUGUAAAUUUUCCACUUGGGCUAUUUCAGCCUAAAAUGCUAAAUUCACUUUCAGUUUGCUUUGAGUUCACAAUAAUUUACACUUUACUGAAUAACCCUGUUAAAAUUCUGGUUAAGAUUACUUGAAUUGAUGAACACAGUAAGUAUUAUAUGAAAGAAGCCCGUGUAUAUGGUGUCCAAAUUCCCUAUAUUGUUUCUGGAGCACGAUGACACUUGAUUGAAGGUGAAUUUUAUGGUACAUGGAUGGUUCUUAGAAGCCAUAUCUUCAUUUGGCACCAGUUCUUUAUACUAAUUAAAAAUCUGGCUUUAUUUUAUGGGCAGUGUGUGUGUACAACCCACCGUUCUCCAUCAGUACUUCAUACUGUACAAUUGUCACUCAUAAGCCCAGAUUGUCUCCAAAAAAAUUAUAUAACAUCACGGGAAAAAGUACACCCUCUUUAAAUUAUCUGGUUUUACAUAUGAGGACAUAAAAAUCAUCUGUUCCUUAGCAGGUCUUUAAAUUAAGGAAAUACAACUUCAGAUGGACAACAACUCAUGACACGUUACACCAUGUCAUGAUUUAUUUAAUAAAAAUAAAUGCAAGAUGGGGAAGCAAUGUAUGAAAAACUAAGUACACCUUAUGAUUCAAUAGCUUGUAGAACCACCUUUAGAUGCAAUAACUUGAAGCAAUCGGUUUCUGUAUGACUUUGUACGUCUCUCACAUCGUUGUGGAGGAAUUUUGGCCCACUCUUCUUUACAACUUUGCUUCAGUUCAUUUUUUGGUUUGAUGGCAUUUGUUUAUGCACAGCUCUCUUAAGGUCCCCUCAUUAAGUUUAGGUCUGGACUUAACUGGGCCAUUGAACACCUCUAUUUUUUCUUUUUCAGCCGUUUCGUUGUAGGUUUGCUGGUGUGCUUGGGAUCAUGACUCAGUUUUGGCCAAGCUUGAGCUGUCAGACAGAUGGCCUUACAUUUGAUUCUAAAAUACUUUGGUAUACAGAGGAAUUCAUGGUCGACUCAAUGACUGCAAGGUCCUGUGGCUGCAAAACUAGCCCAAAUCAUCACUCCUCCACCACCUUGCUUGACCGUUGGCAUGAGGUGUUCUGUAGAAUGAUGGACUUCAAAUUGUUUGGAAAUGACCUUAUAACCCUUCCCAGUUUGAUGGAUAGCAACAAUUGCUUCUCUAAGAUAAAUUAGAUAUUUGCUGAUGUCUUUCGUCCUUGGCAUUGUGUUAACACAUACCUGAAACGCCAGACCAGCAAGCUGCUAAAACGUGAGCUUUUAUAGAGGUGGUUACCUUUGCUGAUGAUCAGUUAAUCAAGGGCCUAUUGAAUAGCAACACCUGUCUGCUAAUUAGUCUCUCAAUUCCGAUGAAAGCAGUAAGGGUGUACUUAUUUUUUCACACGUGGCUUCUCCAAUUUGGCUUUAUUUUUGUUAAAUAAAUCAUGACAGUGUAAUAUGUCAUGUAUUGUACACAGUGUAAAAUGUUGUGUGUUGUUGUUCAUCUAGUGUUGUAUUUACCUAAUUUUAAGAAUGGCUAAGGAACAGAUGAUUAUUAUGUCCUGCUAUGUAAAACCAUAGAAUUCAAAGAGGGUGUAUUUUCCUUUUUCCAUGACUGUACAACCGUUUUUGUUGAAUAGUAUCAGAAAUUAUAUUUUCAAAUUACAAGUACUCUUUUUCACAGAGAUUUCCGCAUAUGUCUUACUUAGAAGCUUAAGUAUAUUUCACUUGACUAUUGAAGCAUCACAGUGACAUAUGUGAAGCAAAUUAUGUUCAUGUGAAUCUAUCUAACUUUGCAUUUAUUGGAAUACUUUUCUUUUGUUUUUGCAUUUGCAAGCAAAGGUUUUAAGUUAUAUUUCUCUGCUGUAGUGGAGAACUAAAUAUUCACUUAAUUAUGUACAUGGCCUGUACAUAUUGUGGUAAACAAAAUGUGAUUCUCUUUAAAUAUUGACUGCAAUUGUAUAAUAACACAGUAAUGCCAUCAAACGUUGGCUAUAGGUUCAUGAUAUUGUACAAUGUAACAAACAAUGCUGCAUUUGUGCACCAUGUUGGAAUAUUCACUAAAUUGUUAAUUAUAUUCAAAGUAAAUUUAAACACUUGCAGCCAGAGUGGCUGAAUUAUAAAUCUUCUCUAAAUGAGCGGUUGUUGUCAUUUAGACAAUUUUAGCCAAAUAUUUGAAAUUCACUUUGAAUUACUGACAAUUCACAUUUUGCUGAACAAUCAUGAUGUAAAUGGACGUGU